AUGGAAAGCACCGUCACAAUCCACCAUGGCCCCUACGAGUCCAUCCCUCCCACAGCUUCACCGGGUCUUAAAUUUCUCCAACGAUUUCUACCAGCGCUAGACUGCCUCACUCCCGCCGAAAAUCAAAUCACCCCUUUCUUCACACCCAGUGCUCCCAUCCUCAUCGGCAGCGAUCCACCAACAGCCGCAAGCCAGGCAGUUCCUCUCAUGGAAGUGCGCAGCCGUCAUAUCUGUAAAUUCCAUCAUCAGGUCCAUCUCGCCUGGGAUAUUGAUCUUGGGAGGGACAUAGGGCCUGUCGAAACAUCGUACAAGAGGACCGGCCCAGAUGAAGAAACCGCCCAAAAAGGACAACUCUAUGCCCCGCUAGCGGGGAACAUCCAAAUGAAGCGCACGGUCAUGUUUGAAGCGACAUCCGAGACAACAUUCGUCGCCGACCCUGACCAGUUCGCGGUCCGAGUCCGCGAGUUCAACAUCCUGGAUUUGGAAGGCCGCGACGAGUCGGAUCUGCAGAUUGUUGAAAUGCGGAUCUUUUUGGAUCAAAGACCUAUUCAGGCCCAUUCUGCAAGUUUAUUUACGGGGUCCACUUACGGAUCUUAG